AUGCCUGAACAGAGCAAUGACUACCGGGUGGUGGUGUUCGGGGCGGGCGGCGUGGGCAAGAGCUCGCUAGUGCUGCGCUUCGUCAAGGGCACGUUCCGGGACACCUACAUCCCCACCAUUGAGGACACCUACCGGCAGGUCAUCAGCUGCGACAAGAGCGUGUGCACGCUGCAGAUCACCGACACCACGGGCAGCCACCAGUUCCCGGCCAUGCAGCGGCUGUCCAUCUCCAAGGGCCACGCCUUCAUCCUGGUCUUCUCGGUCACCAGCAAGCAGUCGCUGGAGGAGCUGGGCCCCAUCUACAAGCUCAUCGUGCAGAUCAAGGGCAGCGUGGAGGACAUCCCCGUCAUGCUGGUGGGCAACAAGUGCGAUGAGACCCAGCGGGAGGUGGACACCCGCGAGGCCCAGGCCGUGGCCCAGGAGUGGAAGUGCGCCUUCAUGGAGACAUCGGCCAAGAUGAACUACAACGUCAAGGAGCUCUUCCAGGAGCUGCUCACGCUGGAGACACGCCGGAACAUGAGCCUGAACAUCGAUGGCAAGCGCUCCAGCAAACAGAAGAGGACAGACCGCAUCAAGGGCAAAUGCGUCCUCAUGUGAGCCCAGAGCGCCCACCGCCCGCGCCCCGCUGUCCCGGCCCCAGGCCUCUCCCCACGUCCUGUGCCCCCGCUCCCUGCCGCCCCCCCCACCCCCCACCCCCGCCUCCU